AUGGUUAGCCUAGGGUACAUUUGGCUCUCAAUUGUUUUAUAUUCAACAAUAUGUGAAGCCAACGACGGCAUUUUUGGAUCCAAAUACCCUAACGAAAUCCCGGAAUACGACUUGCUACACGCGAUCGGGGUUCCAUUCAGUAACCCAAAAACCCAGUAUUUCGAUGAAGGUCUCGACGGCUUUCCCGCAUACGGCCUUAAACCUGGCUCCGAUAUUAAAUCGCCAUAUAGGCUCUUCAUGCCAGAGAAACUAUAUUCGGAAUUUUCAAUAACCGCUACCGUACGGCCGGCUAACAAAGACGGCGGAUUCCUUUUCUCUGUUGUUAACCCUUUGGAGACUGUCGUCCAAUUGGGUGUUCAAUUAAUACCUUCUGGGCCUGGUUUGACAAACAUUUCACUUCUCUAUACAGAUCCAAAUAUAUAUGCAUUAAGUCAGACUAUAGCAUCGUUUGUUGUGCCAUCAUUCGCCAAAAAAUGGAGUCGGUUUGCCCUCAAAGUAACCUCUGAUAAUGUUACUUUGUUUUUGAACUGUCACGAGUUUGAUACUUUAGUAGUAAAAAGAAACCCUUUGGAGCUUGUAUUCGACUCGGCCUCUACUUUAUACGUCGGACAGGCGGGACCCCUUAUCACAGUGGGUAUUGGACUAGCCGUAGUGUCCACUCUAGGACUCCUUGAAAAUAAAGAGCAUAAUCAAGUUGCAACAGCAGAGAAACUAAGCCAGUGGAAAUCUGCACCGAAAAUUGUGGACAGAGGUGCCUUUCAAGAGCUCAAGCUUUAUGGAUCUCCAUCGCAAGCUGAAGUGCAAUGUGUUAAUACAUACGAGGUCGAUCAGGAGGAAGGUGAUUCAGAGGGUUCUGGACGAUAUGGGACCAUACCACCGUUUCCACCACCACCACCAGGAAUGGAUGAGCAAAUAAAGAGCCUACAAAAGGAAGGAGACGUGCUCGUUCGGCAGUUAACAAACAUGCGGGAUUGGAACGCGAAAUUCGCAGUUUUCACACAAAGGGCAGCCUCCAUUGUUUUGCUACUGAAUUUAUUGUCUGUUGCGCCUACCGGUCCACCUGGAGAAUCUAUUCGUGGACCUCCAGGGCCACCAGGUCCGCCCGGACCUCCUGGUGUAAGCACAGUAUCGGAAACUUCAGGGUCCGGAGACGACCAAAUUUUCGGAGAAAACUACGCAUCGCUCGGCCAUUGUGGAUGCAAUUCAAGUGUUUUAUUAUCACUUCUGGAAAUUGCUCCCGAACUUCAAGGCCCUCCAGGUCCUCCUGGUAUAACGGGGGCUGACGGAUUAACAGGUGCUCCUGGAAUACCUGGACAACCUGGUAUGCCUGGUGAGAGAGGUCCAAUCGGCCCUAGAGGUGAUAAGGGUGAUAGAGGUGAUAGUGGACCACGAGGAUCCGAAGGUCUAACAGGUCCUAAAGGAGAGCCAGGUGUAGACGGAAGACCUGGAAGCCCUGGACCACCUGGUCCACCUGGAACACCUGGCUCUUCUGAUUAUAACAAUUUCGAUGAAUCAUUACUGGGUUCAUACGGUGGAGCGAUUGGAAGACCAGGUGCCCCGGGGCCUAAGGGAGAUGCAGGUCAACCCGGGCCUAUAGGACUACAAGGAGAACGAGGAUUUCCUGGACCCAAAGGUGAAAGAGGGCAAAUAGGACAAACAGGAGCCAAAGGUGAUCGUGGACAUCCUGGUCAUAAAGGUGACAGAGGAGUGAAGGGAGAUCGAGGCAAUCCGGGAUUAGAUGGACGACCUGGUCUACCGGGAGCUAAUGGACGUUUUGGAGAAAAAGGAGAAAAGGGAGAACGAGGCUUACCUGGGCCACCGGGACCAUCUCUGCCCACUGGAGUUGUUGCUUCGGAAGAACCGGAAUUUCUUGCAACAGGUUUACGACAGUUAGUACCAGCUGAAAAAGGCGAAAAGGGAGAAAAGGGGAGCCGAGGAAAUGAUGGAACACCAGGUUUUCCUGGAAAAGAUGGUAAACCAGGUGAAAGAGGUGAUAUAGGUCCCUCUGGUUUACCAGGUAUAGCAGGUCCUCCUGGGACUCCGGGUCUGAAGGGUGACAGAGGAGAGAGAGGUCCGCCAGGCCCCGGCGAAAAAGGUGAACCAGGCUUAAGAGGCCGUAGAGGACGACCGGGUCCACCAGGUCCGCGGGGAGCCCAAGGACUGCAAGGCCUAGUGGGACCAACCGGAAAACCUGGCGAAAAAGGUGACAUUGGUUUACCUGGUUGGAUGGGUCGACCGGGUACAUUAGGACCACCGGGAAUUCCAGGCCCAGCAGGACCAAAGGGAGAAAAAGGGGACCCUGGAGUGAAUAUUCUAGAUGUCUCAAUGGGUGAGAAAGGAGAUCGAGGAUUAGAAGGGAUACCUGGUGUGAAAGGAGAUCAGGGACCUACUGGGCCUCCAGGUCCACCAGGUCCCGGGUCUAGAUCAGAGGCAGUACAAUAUAUUCCCGGCCCGCCAGGCCCUCCAGGCCCACCAGGGCAACCUGGAACUCCUGGCAUAUCUAUUGUCGGGCCCAAAGGUGAACCUGGAGUUAGCUACUUAGAAGAAUACCCUGUGCAUGGAAGCACGAAAUACUUUGGCAGACCAGCCGCUCCAGAACAUCGAACUCAUCAAGACGAAACGAACUCAAACAAGAAUGUACCCGGCGCUCUGGUAUUCCACACUACGGAAGAAAUGCUACGGCUUGCAUCAACAAGUCCUCUAGGAGCACUCGCGUACGUGAUUGAAGAACAAUCUCUUUUUGUCAAAGUUAACUCAGGCUGGCAGUACGUUUUGUUAGGUUCGCUAGUGACGCAAUCAGCUCUCCAUACAACGACAACGUCUGCUCCGGCGCUACCACCUUUACUGCCGGCUGCAAGCCUUGUACAUGCACCUUUAUCAAACAUGGUGGAUACACCAUUAGCUCCCAUGGGACCCAGUCUCCGUCUAGCCGCUCUGAAUGAACCGCUAUCGGGAGACAUGCAUGGCAUACGCCGUGCUGACUAUGCAUGCUAUCGACAAGCUCGUCGAGCUGGUCUUAAAGGAACAUUCAGGGCUUUUCUUACAAGCAGAAUACAAAACCUAGAUUCCACAGUACGUUACGCUGAUAGACAUCUGCCAGUUAUCAACACUCAGGGUGACGUGCUAUUCCAGUCAUUCUCAGAUAUUUUUGAUGGAAAUGGUGGUGUAAUAGCUGGUUCACCAAGGAUAUACAGCUUUAGCGGAAAAAAUAUAAUGCUUGAUUCGAACUGGCCUCAAAAGCUGAUCUGGCACGGAUCUCAUGCGAGCGGAGAACGGGCUGUGGAGACUUUCUGUGAGGAGUGGCAGAGUGCUGAUCCUUCAACCCGUGGAAUGGCCGCCUCCUUACAUUCACACCGACUUUUGUCUCAGGAGAGAUAUUCCUGUAAUAACCACUUCGCAGUAUUAUGUAUUGAAGCUACUUCGCACUUGAGUGUUCGAAGAAAACGAGAGAUAGCAAGGUAUAAUAUGUCUUCGGUGAAUGACGACUAUCAUCCGUACAAUGCUGAUGAAUAUCAAGACUUGCUGAAUGAGAUAUUUGGACAACCAUAA